AUGUGCGCAUUUAACCGUUGGAAACCGCCUGUGGAGCUGACAGGCACGCUCAGGCCCAGCGACACCAAGGGGCAGGCGCGGCGGCCACAGUACCUGGACAAGCUUCAGGUGGAGAGGGAGCGAGGUAUCACAGUGAAGGCACAGACCGCCACCAUGCUCUUUGACUAUGUGCCACCCACACUGACUGAAGACCAGUCAGGUCCCCCUCCCGGGCGGUACCUGCUGAAUCUGAUUGACACGCCCGGCCACGUGGAUUUCAGCUACGAGGUGUCUCGCUCGCUGGCCGCCACACAGGGCGUGCUGCUGCUGGUGGACGCGCAGCAGGGCAUUCAGGCACAGACCGUCGCGAAUUUCUUCCUGGCGCUGGAGGGGGAUUUAGCGGUCGUGCCAGUGGUGAAUAAGAUUGACCGGCCUGAUGCCGACCCCCAAGGUGAGUCUACGCUUCGAAUCGCUGCUGCUGCUGCUGCUGCUGCUGCUUCUCCUAGUUCCAGAGGGGCUGGUCGUCACACAGGGCGUGCUGCUGCUGGUGGACGCGCAGCAGGGCAUUCAGGCGCAAGGAGAGGCAGGAGGCGAGAGGUAGCCGUUGCCUCUCAAAUCGCCAGCACCUUCGACCUGCCUCUUCACCUCAGCCUCAUCUAUCGCCAGCACCUUCGACUUACCCCGCGUUUCCUGCCUCUUCACCUUGGCCAGCACUGGAGCCGGCCUGCCCUCCUUUCUCUCACACACCCUUUUCGUCUCCCUUCCACCCGCUCCUUCCCCACACCAGCCGUCGCCUCUCAGAUCGCCUCCACCUUCGAUCUGCCUCGCGCCUCCUGCCUCUUCACCUCAGCCCGCACAGGAGCCGGCCUGCCCUCUCUCCUCUCUGCCAUCGUCCGCCAGAUACCACCUCCCCCAGGCGACCCUGCCGCCCCGCUGCGCGCGCUGCUAUUGGACGCGCACUUUGACGAGUACAGGGGCGUGGUGUGCCACGUGGCAGUGGUUGAUGGGGCGAUCAGGGAGGGGGAGAAGGUGGCGGUGGCAGGCAUGGGGAUGAGCUACGACGUGGGGGAGGUGGGGGUGAUGUACCCUGAAGCAACGCCCACUGGCUGUUUGCUUACUGGUCAAGUGGGGUAUGUGAUGCUGGGCAUGCGGACAACUCGAGAAGCAAGGGUAGGCGACACCAUUCACCACCACAAGGCGCAGGUCUCGCCCCUGCCGGGCUUCAGGGCGGCACAGCACAUGGUGUUUGCGGGGGUGUUCCCGGCCGAUGGGUCUGACUUUGAAGCUUUGGCUAAAGCAGUUGACAAGCUGGUGUGCAACGAUGCCAGCGUGGCGGUUACCCGCUACAGCAGCGCUGCUUUAGGAGCUGGAUUCAGGUGCGGCUUCCUGGGUCUGCUACACAUGGACGUGUUUCACCAGCGGCUGCAGCAGGAGUUUGGCGCUGAGGUCAUCUCCACGGCUCCUUCAGUGCCUGCAAUCUUUGAAUACGCUGAUGGCACUCGGAUCGAGGCCCAGGGCCCAUCAGACAUCCCAUCCGUGCCCAAGCAGAGAGUGGUUCGCUGCACCGAGCCCUUCGUGCUGUCCACCAUAGUCACCCCUUCCAAGUACGUGGGGCCAAUCAUGGACCUCUGUGCGAGCAGGAGGGGCGAGCAGAAGGAGUACUCAUUUAUCGAUGGUGACCGAGCCAUGCUGAGGUACGACAUGCCAGUGAGGGAGGUGGUGAUGGAUUUCUACAGCCACCUCAAGAGCAUCUCCUCGGGAUUCGCCACGUUCGACUAUGAAGAUGCAGGCAUGAGGGAGGCGGAUCUGGUGAAGGUGGAUGUGCUGCUGAACGGCAAGCCAGUAGAUGCGUUGGCAGCCAUCGCCCACAGGGAGGCAGCGCAGCGCAUGGGGAGGAAACUGGUGGAGCGGCUGAAAGGGGUGCUUGACAGGUGGGUUUGA